UCAGCUGAAGCCAACAAUUCUCAAAGAAAUCGCCGAAAGAUUCUUAGAGACAUGAUCGUUGCUAGUACUGGUGAGUCCAGAGAAUCCAUGGGACCUGUUAGAGAGCUUGAGAAUGAAGACAGGUUACCUGUAGACAAUGUAGAGGAGCCUGAUACAGUAAUCAGUGCCGAGGAUUGUUCUUCAGCGCGGGAUUUCAGCACCCAGACUCCAGAUUUCUUGGCUUGCAAAAAGCUCAAAGAAGAAAAACGAUUGCUACAUAAUAAAUGCAUCGAUUUAAAAAACAAGAUCGAUUCUCUGGCAAAGGAACCCACUCCAAAAUCGUCCUGUGGUAUUCAGUGUAAUUUAACACAGCUAAACGACCAUGAAGAAGGUCUUGGAGAAAGGAUCGGAGAGAGUUUGGAACAACAAGACGAUGAGUAUGUAAAUAUGGAAGUGGAGGAAGAUGAUGAGGACACAGUUGACUAUGAUAUUACAGAGGAAGAGCCUGAGAGUAUCCCUGAUGACGUUGACUAUCACCCCUACACAGAUACAGAGACAGAAACUGAAACGGAGGAUGAAGAGCAUAUGACAGGAAAGAGAUUCAAUUCAAGCAACUAUAGCACUAGAACACUGAGCCUAAGUACAUUGUCUUCUUGUCCAAGCUGUUAUUGUUGUUCUCCUUCUGCCACUCCUGCAAGACUGAAAACCCUGUUGUGACAUACCGAGAAGUAGGGACUAUGGUCAAUAUCACAACUAAAUGCAAAACCCCAGUUGCCCAAAGAAGGAAAAUACUUGGAGAAGCCAACCCAACAUGACAGGCACUAAGAUUCCAGCUGGUAAUAUUCUCCUGUGCUUUGCUGUCCUAACUGCAGGUGCUUCUGCAAGCAAGGUUUUCAGACUAUUUCAGAACAUGGGAGUUGCCUGCAUCACACUUACUACUUUCUUUAAACAUCAAGGGGUACGCAAU